GCCAGGUAAGUAUGUAUGAAACUUUAUUGUAUCAUAACAAUAUCAUUUUUCUAUUUUCAGUUUACUUCUGCGAUCACAGAUGAUACAUUUGAUCCUGAGCAAAGUGCAACAAUUGGUGUUGAUUUCAAGGUGAAAACCAUUACAGUUGAUGGGAAUUGUACCAAGCUUGCAAUUUGGGACACAGCAGGACAAGAACGAUUUCGAACAUUAACACCAAGUUAUUACCGAGGUGCUCAGGGUGUGAUACUGGUAUAUGAUGUAACUAACAGGAAUACUUUUGCAAAGCUGGAUAUGUGGCUGAAUGAGUUAGAUACAUAUUCAACCAAAACUGAUAUUGUGAAGAUGUUAGUGGGUAACAAAAUUGACAAGGAGAAAAGAGAAGUUAGCAGAGAAGAAGGCCUUAAUUUUGCCAGGAGACAUGCAAUGUUGUUCAUAGAAGCAUCGGCUAAAACAAAAGAUGGUGUGCAGUGUGCCUUUGAGGAACUUGUUCAAAAGAUCAUUCAAACUCCAGGGCUUUGGGAGAUGGAUCAGAGAUCACAGGGUGGCUUUAGUGUUUCCAGUCAGCAGAAUGAAGAACCGAGUUAUUGUGGUUACUGUGCAGUACUGUAGAAUUAUAGGUUUUGUAAUGUGAUGUCAUGAUUAUGAUAGUUUUAAAGGAAGUCUGUUUUUUUAUUCCCAAAAUAGAAAUAAUGUGUCAGUGUUGGAUAUUCUAUUUUCAAAGAUAUUAUGCACAUACUACGUACAUAGACACUUUAAAAGGUCUCAUUAAAUCAUGUUGAUAAUAAUACUGAUAAUACUGCUGCUACUACUUCCACUACUACUAGUGCUACUACUGCUAAUAAUAAUAAUAAUAAUAAUAGUAAUAAUGGUACCUUUAAGGAAAUUGAAUAUGUACAGAAUACAUUGUCCUUAUGUUCAUAAUAACAUUAAUCAUUUGAUUUUUCCAUGAGUUUUUAAUAUUUAUAGCUCAUCAUAAUUGUAUUAAUAAAAUUAAUUUGAUUA